AUGCUGCAGCGAAGGAAUGCCAUCCAUCCUUUCCCAAAGCCCUUGGAGACAACGAACCCUUUUAUAUCUCAUGAGCCUGCAUUGAAUCUAACCAAAAACCCCUUCCUAUCUUCUUCUUGUGAAGACAUAAAGAGUCAUCAUGCUCAAAUCCGAUUAACCGCAACUAAUCCUGUUUAUGACACCGAUACAAUAAAGCAUGCUCAAUACGAAUAUCACCGCCAUCGACGUCAACAUCAACAGUACCAGCAACAGCAUAUUCAAGCUUCCAGUAACGCAGCUACAGCCUCAGCUUCAGCCGUGACAGACAUUACAAAUGCUGAUAAUCCUUCUAACACCAAUCCAUUCCUAUAUCAGCCCGCCACCACCUCUGCGACACAUUAUUCAACGACUAAUGAUGGGUGCGGCGCUCCAAUUGACCUAUGGGAUGAAUGUAUAGAAGCUAGUGGUGAAGGUGUACUACAGGAAUACGAAAGUUCCACAUCGCAACGGAAACAUCGGCUUCGCAAACGACACCAGAGUGUUGGUUCAAGUGAAGAGGGAGGAAGAGGAGGAUCAGCGCUAGUGGCAACAGCAGCUCGAAGGCUAUCGCUUAAUCUAUUCAAAGUACCACUUGAGUGGCAUCGACGUCGUCAUGCAACCUGUGCUUCAUCAGGCUUGGAAAGAGUCCUAAAGGAAAGACAAUCAUCGUUGUUUAACUCGAGUCAAAAGGAGGAGUUGUUGAGCAGUCUUACAUACUUGGAUAUCCAGGGGCAGGACCAACACCCCACCCACCAACACCAACAACAGCCUUCAUUUUUACAGGUAGAAGCGCCUUAUCAAGGUAAUAAGGGUGGAAAUAAGGAUGACAAAAAUGUCAUCCUCAAGAGUUCCCGAUAUGAGUCACAUGAAGAAGUUGAGGUAAACAUAAUGGAUAGACCCAUGAGUGGCAUAAGCAAUCGACAGCCACUACAGGGACAGGGCCAGGAGAGUCAAGAGCAAGGCCAGAAGCGACCGCUGUCACCACUCAAUCCGUUUCUGGCUUCAAGUACAAACCCAGACUUUGCAGGAGUUGCAAAUACUCACUCAAUCAAGCCGAUCUGCCAAGGAAAAGGAGAAGGACAACAACAACAACAAGAAGAAGGGGGCGAAGAAAAUGAUAAAGAUUUAGAUGAAAAGCAGACAAGGGAUGCAGAUUUGAAUGUGAAAGUACAACUUGGAGGGCACGAGGAUGCUCACCAAACCACAUACCCAGUGCGCCAACGCCAUAGCAUUUUCUCGGAUUGGUCAAUCGAAGACUGUUCCCAUCAUUUGACAUCUCAAAAGAAUCAGGGGAAACAGGGCUACUCUUCCUCCCCUUCCUCGAAAGCAUCUUUGGCAAGAUCAACGACAGAUACAGCGUUGAGCCACCACUUUAACCAAGACAACGCCAGCAACAGGAACAGUCAUCAGCUCCAUCGUCGCAUGUCUGCCACGAUCGCGUACCAUCGUCGCCAGCACCGAAAUAGUGCACCUGUACCACCACUACCAUCGUCUGCGCUUGCCAACCGCUCGCAUAGGAAUUCAGCGAUCGUUGGAAGGGAUAUUGUACAACGAUUAUCGAGGCAGCCAUCAAAAGGGUCGAAAAAGUCUGAUAAUCGUUUGUCUCAUGAUGAUUAUCAUCAAAGUAUAGUACAAGAUAAGGGCGGACAGGAAACAGAGCGAGAUAUUGGUACCCAGGAUGAUGACAGGGUUGGAAACGCUAAUGAUGAUAAUGUUGGUUGUGGUGACGAGGGCACGAGUGAUGGUCCACAAGACAAUAGGACGUACAGACCAACCCAUAAAAACCAUGAAUCUUGGAAUGCAGUGCCCAACCCAAGACCCGCACGCUUAUCUGACCGAUCUUCCUGGCAGCCACGAAGCUCAGCAGCACGACGUGAAUCUCAAUCAUAUGCGCAGGAUUUUAUGAAAGACAGCGAGAGAUGGGUACCACCAACAAGGCCCUGGACAUUGAUUAGUACAACCGCGGGACUCAACAUUACAUCGCCAUUGUAUAAAAGGGCAUUUCCACAUGAGAGAGAGGGCCGACAGGAAUCAAUUGAAACGGAAAUAGGAUACCAUGACAUGAAAAGGGUUCAAACACAGCCCUAUGGACAAGAAGAAAAAGAAGAAGUCGAGGAAGAGAUAAAAGAGCAGGAGGAUUAUAUUGGCAGUAAAGGAAUGAACCUUGGAGACCAAGCAGCAACAACAGCUUCUUUUAAGGCGGGGGGUUUUAAAUAUGAGUACGAUGGUAGUGGUGAUGAGGAUUAUAUUCAAAAGACCACUGAGUGUGCUGAAGAACGUGGAUCGGUCUAUGAUUUUGGAGCCCAUUUGGAUCAUCAGGAUCAUUGUAUAAGCGAUGAUAUCGAUGUACGAUACUACUACAACUCUGUUGAUUGGCAGCGACGAGAUACUAUGGAUGAGAUGAUUCACGAUUAUACGCUUCAGGAUCAGCAGCAUACACCACUCUCAAAGGCGGAGGAGGCAUGGAGAAGAGGCAUUUCUACUGACAGCAGCAGCACUGCAAGCUGUACUCUCGGUGCUGGCCCCGAUUACAGUCGUUCACGAGAGUUGUUUGCACGGAAAGCUCUGUUGGCUAAAGCAAAAUUUUAUAGAUUGCUGAAACAACCUCGGAGCCUUAGCAGUUACGAUAAAUACACGCACCACCAAAACAUGUGCCUGGAGCAAGACAUUGAGGAAGAUGAAAUCGAAGAUGGAGGAGCAGAUGUUGAGGAAGUCGUUCUACAGGGGUACCAAGAAGAAGGGGAAGGAGAAGAAGGAAGAGUAGAUAUUAAAGCCGUUUUACAAGAAUACCAGGAAGAAGAAGAGGAAGAAGAAGGAGGGGCGAUAGAUGGUAAGUAUCAUGAUCCUCCAUGGUCGGCAACGCCUGCCUCCUCUACCACAACUUCGUUACGCUCCAAGAUGCGCUUGGACAAGACUAAGGCAACAUUGCACCAAGUCAAACAUCGAAUCGGUGCUGCGGCGCGAAAGAUCAUUUCAGACGCCAACAAGGCUGCGAACACUGUAACGCCUACUCUUUGGAACAAGCAUAUGAAAAGGAAGGGGACAGCAAGAACGGGGCUAAGGACAGAAGAACCAGAGAUGGAGAUAGUCAUGGAAGAGAAGGUGCAAAGAUCAUUGUCUUCUCCUGAUCAUAGAUCAGUCUUUGUUAAACAAGCCCUGGGAAACAAACAUGAUGAUGGUUAUGGCCAACCGAAUCUUGAACUGAACGACUAUGUCGACCACCAGCAACAGUACUUUCAUUAUAAUAGUGGCUUUAAUAGUGACGGGAUGACAAAAGGACGUUUCCAUCGAAUGAAGCCAGGUGCAAAGCGAUAA